ACUUGUGGUUGCACAACCGCGGUUUACACUCAUGCGCAUGAACGCUAGAUCAUGGUUAGCAAUCAAUAACCACCUAUGAUCAUCUGACAUUGCUGAGAGAGGCACGGCAAUUGAACACGCGUAUUAUUGUUGAAAUAUUUGCAAAAAGACUUUUCUAACUCUCUUAUUUAAUGCACAUUAAGUGAUGUCAAGCAACUUUAAAGCUUUACACUGAUGAUAAUUCUCCGGAACAACUAAUGGCACCGUGACGAAGCUGUGUCCGAUAGGUUAAUAAAAGAUUACAUAAAAAUAACAAGUUGGAUAUGACUCAAUCGGUAUCCACAGCAGAAUGUUGCUGUCACACCCUGUGAAAGGACAUAUUCACGAGUGCACAUUCACAAGUGAUAACAGAUAUUCAUGUGUUUUGGAGGGGAUAUCGAUAAGAGCUUGUUUGAUGCGUCAACUACGGCUGCAGUUAGUUCUCAAGGCUGAGAACAACAGUUGAAUUGCAACCACCAACGAAAAGACUCGAAGAUAGUGAAAGAUUUGUACUUCGCCACUGAGACUUUUUGAUUUUUUCAUAUUCGUCGAGACAACCGCCGAGAGUUUGAACUGCUUUGAUAAUAAUUUGCAGCUAUGGAUGAGCUAAGUAAAGGAACGUUAAACCAAAUUUUGAAUGGCCGAAACGUCGAGGAGCCGAUAUUUCAAUUAUUAAGUUACAAAAGACUGGCCGGCACUACUUCUGAUUGGUACAGAUUAAUUGUGUCCGAUGGAUUGAGAAUACACCAAUACACAAUGUUGUCCACUGAAUUAAAUUACUUAUUUGAAAACGGUAUUAUGACUAAAGAUGCAGUCUUUAAAGUAUUAAAUUACAAAGUGAGAUCGUUAAAUGAUGAAAUACAAACGUUAGUAAUAUUGGGUGGCAAAAUAUUAAAUCUCGGCAAUGAAGUUCAGCGUACAACAGGAAACCCGAUUGCCAACAAGCUCGAAACGAACAAUUCGCCAGUACAUCAUGAGGUGAUGAAAGAUACCAUAGAACCGAGUGCUUUGAGAGAUACAAAUAACUCCUCUUACAAAGGACCUAUUGUUCCAAUUAUAACAUUAAGCCCUAAAAAUAGGCAAGCAAUUAAAGCUCGCGCAAUCAGUAAAUCUCCGAUCAAAAAAUGGAGUAACAACAAGGGCAAACUGUUCUCCAUGCACCUGCUCGACGAUAGUGAUGAAAUUAGUUGUGUUGCAUUUAACAAAGAAUGCGAUAAGUUCCAUGGCAAAAUAGAGGAUAAGAAGGUAUACUAUAUCUCGAACUACGCGCUAAAAGAUAAGAAUCCACAGUACAACAAGUUGAAAAACAAGUACGAAAUAGUGAUCAACAACAAUACAAAAAUUGAAGAAUGUCACGAUGAUGCAACCAUUCCGUCGGUUCUCUUCAAUUUUUGCCCUAUCAGUGACGUGGAAAAUAAGCAGACAUGUGGUGAAAUCGAUGCCUUGGGCGUCAUUAUAAAGUCUAGCGAUGUGAAAUAUAUCGUAACGAAAACCGGUACAAAAUCAAUAAAGGAUAUCGUUAUCGUUGACGAUAGCCGACCACAUGGUGCCAAGAUGUGCGUUACACUUUGGGAACAGAGGGCACAAGAUUUCGAUUGUCCCAAUAAUACGAUUUUGGCCAUUAAGGGAGCACGUGUUGACGAAUUUAAUGGAAAGAAAUUGACCGUUAUAAGUUCAACUGUGAUCGAGAAAAACCCGGAUCUUCCCAAAGCAGACAAGACUUUUCAGAUUACGCAGCUGGUACGACGGAGGCGGCUAUUCAGAGGAUGCUGGAUCACUCUCCGGACGACAGUGGUGAUUUCAACACGCCGUUGCGCACCUCUUAGAAGAUGACUGAAGCGAAAAUGGACGAAAACCCGUAUUCAUCGAAUUUCUUUGCGGUAGUAGCGAAAAUUGAUUCAAUGGAUACAAAAGGUGUGCCCUAAAGAAAAAGAAAAUAAAGAAAGUAAAUUGAGCUUAUGUUUGCAUAUUUCGUAAAAUAAAUAGUUUCGCAUUCUUUUUCGCAUCUAUAAUUAUAUGUACCAAAGAUAAGUAUAAGUAGAAAAGAAAAUAUUUUAGAAAGAAAUUAAAAACUUUAAACACGGAAUGUCUAUUUCAUGUUGAACGAUGCAGGAACUAAUUUAAACAAUUUAUUAUUUUCGCUAAUUAUUUUUCAUCUCUGAUACAAUUGAUUUCGUCAUCUUUGCUAAAGUAUCUUAUGAAUGUAAUUAUAGUCAUUGCGAU